AUGUUGAAUCAGACAUCUACAGAAGCGUUGCUCUCGGCAGCAUACGUUGAGAAUUACUUGGAUAUCGUCGAUAAUCUUCCAAAUGACUUGCAACGACAUUUAUCGCGUAUGCGAGAGCUAGAUGUAACUUACAGAGAGUGUCUAAGAGAUGCAGAAGCACACUUAGCACUAUGCCUCAGCCCGAAUACGGAAGAAAGAAGGAGAGGUAGAGCAGCCCUACGGUUACAAACAGCUUUAGUAGCAGCUCAAGAAAUAGGAGAUGAAAAAUUACAAGUUGUACAGAUUCUGCAGGACCUCAUUGACAAUAAACAGCGGUGUUUAGAUGCUGAUCACAAAAAACUUGUGUCAUGUCUAGAAGUUAACACUAAUGGUACAACAAAAGAAGAACAAACACAGAAUUCUGAAAAUAGAUCAAAUGAAAAGGAAACCAGUUUGCAGCAAAUGCAGCAACAGGCUGCACCUCCACCACCACCUGAAAGGAAUACUGAAAAGGAGAAAGAAAAAACAGAGAAAGAUAAAAGUGGAGGUGAACGGUGGUCAAAACGCGCGCGUCGUUCAAGAACUACAGCCGGAGCAGCAACGGAUGGUGCGGAUUCCAGUGAGAGAGAUAGUGAAAGACACACACAUAACACUCAUAAGAAAGGUAUAGGCAAAAAGAAGAAACGCAAAGCACGCCAAGCAGCGCAACGUUCAGAAACUCCAGCAGAAGAAACGGAUGCAAUUGAUCCUGACGAGCCACGCUACUGUCUCUGUGACCAGAUCUCAUUUGGUGAGAUGAUUCUAUGUGACAAUGACCUUUGCCCUAUCGAAUGGUUCCACUUCUCGUGUGUUUCGCUCACGACCAAGCCCAAGGGUAAAUGGUUUUGCCCAAAGUGUAGAGGGGACCGGCCAAAUGUGAUGAAGCCCAAGGGGCAGUUCCUUAAGGAAUUAGAGAGGUAUAACCGGGAAAAGGAGGAGAAAGCAUAG